AUGGCUGGUUUUCACUCCGCCGCUGAAGGAGCUGGGCAGGAUGCGAUCAACGACACCAGCAGCAGGAAGAGCUGGGCAGAGGAAGGCAACUCCGCGUUGUCCUUCCGUGUGGUGACCGCCGCCGUACUCCUCCUCCUCAUCCUCUCCACGCUCCUGGGCAACACCCUGGUGUGCGUGGCUGUGGUCAGGUUCAGGCACCUGCGCUCCAAGGUCACCAACUUCUUCGUUAUCUCCUUGGCAGUGUCCGACCUCUUCGUGGCUGUGCUGGUGAUGCCUUGGAAGGCUGUCACCGAGGUGGUGGGUUUCUGGCCCUUUGGGGCUUUCUGUGACGUUUGGGUGGCUUUUGACAUCAUGUGCUCCACAGCCUCUAUCCUCAAUUUGUGCAUCAUCAGCCUGGACCGCUACUGGGCCAUUUCCAGCCCCUUCCGCUACGAGAGGAAGAUGACGCGGCGCGCGGCUUUCAUCAUGAUCGCGGUGGUGUGGCUGCUGUCCCUCUUGAUUUCCUUCAUCCCUGUGCAGCUCAAGUGGCACAAGGAUGGCGAGCUCCUCAGCCAACAGGAGCCAGGUUUUCACGUCAGCGGGGCGGAGGAGAACUGCGAUUCCAGCCUCAACAGGACUUACGCCAUCUCCUCUUCUCUCAUUAGCUUCUACAUCCCUGUUGCCAUCAUGAUUGUGACGUACACCCGCAUCUUCCGCAUCGCCCAGCGGCAGAUCCGUAGGAUCUCCUCCUUGGAGAGGGCGGUGGAACGUGCCCAAAACCGCCACAGCGGUGACUGCCCUCAGGAGGUCACCCUGAAGAACUCCCUCAAGAAGGAGACCAAGGUCCUCAAGACCCUCUCCAUCAUCAUGGGCGUCUUUGUCUUCUGCUGGCUGCCCUUCUUCCUGCUCAACUGCGUGGUGCCCUUCUGUAACCUUCACCCGCGCCAGCCGGGGGAGCUACCUUGCGUCAGCGAGACUGUCUUCAACAUCUUCGUCUGGUUCGGGUGGGCCAAUUCUUCCCUCAAUCCCAUCAUCUAUGCCUUCAACGCAGACUUCCGGAGAGCCUUCGCGACCAUCUUGGGCUGUGCCUGCCUUUGCCCCAGCGACGCCGUGGAGACCGUGAACUUCAGCAACGAACUGGUCUCCUACCACCGGGACACCACCUGUCAGAAGGAAGUGGUGACCCUCAGCUACCCGCAGCUUCUCCCCCACGCUGCUCCGCCGAUGGAAAACAGCGAGGUGUCCCUUGACGGGGCCUCUCGGGUCUCCGAGCGCUCCCGCAGGCCCUGCCCUGCGGAUGCCUCGCCCGCAGCGGCACACGGGGCGUGGGGAACGGCUGUCUCGCUGGAGAAGAUUACACCUCUCGCCAGCAGCGUGGAUUGA